CUCAAUGGCGACUAAUUAUUUCUCCGAAGAGAUGGUUUUUCUCAUACUUUCCCAUCUUCCUGUAAUAUCACUUCUCCGCUUCAAAUCAGUCUGCAAAACCUGGCUGUCCAUCAUAACAAGCCCACAGUUUGUUGAAGCCCACCUUGCCAAUUCCAGGAACAAACAAGCAUCCGUGCUCAAAGCCUCUUAUUAUUGGAGGGUUUUCUCCAUGGACACUGUUGAAGAAUCAGUUGAGCUUAAAUUGCCAUCACGUCUUGAGGGUAUGGUUUAUUACAUGCGUUCUUGUAAUGGUCUUGUUUGUCUUUCCAAUGAAAGUAGCUAUGAUAUUUGUAUUUGGAAUCCAUGUACUAGACAGUAUAAGAUGCUUUAUGCCCCCAACUAUGAAAUCAAUCAAGUCGGGGUUUGUCUAGGGUUUGGGUUUGAUUCUGUUGGAAAUGACUACAAGAUUCUUAGGAUUGUAACAAAGGUUGUCCGUAACACAUGGGGUUCUAUUAUUAACAUGGGUAACUUCUCAGAAGCACAGUUGUAUUCCGCAAAUGCUGAUACCUGGAAAAUGAUUCGUACUCCGGAUACUAUUAAAAUGUCUUUUUGGCAUAAGCUGAAGAGAUUCUGUGGUCCUGAUAUUAGUGGGAAGUUGUACAUGGAAGGGGAGGGUGAGCUAUUGCCGUUUGAUUUGCGGAAUGAUUUGUUUGGAGAAAUUGUGGUGUUACCGUUUCCUGAUUACGUGGAACAGAAAAGGAUAAAGAAGUCUAAGAUUUUGGAUUUUGAAGGUUCUGUGGCUAUGGUAUAUGAAUCUGCUGGGGAUGAAUCAGUUAUGAGUCUUUGGAUGUUAGAUGAUGAUGGCUUGUGGAUUAAAAAGUUCAAUCUUGAAAUGGAUUUGGAGUUGGAUCGGACGUAUCUUUAUUUGGGCGCUCAACACUUUCUUGGACUCAAUUUUGUUUUUGGAUACAAAUUUUACAACUACACAAAGAAAACGACUAAGAAGCUUCCUUUCCCAGCUCAUCUCACCGAUGUCAAGUCAGUUGCCAAGUUCACUCAGAGCCUUGUUUCCCUUGAGGGGUUUCAAUCACAAGAAUGAAGUCGAAAAAUGUUGAAGAUUUAGUAUCCUCUGUGAUAUCGGCAUUUAUAGUAUAUCAGACACUCUAGUACGUGUGAUGUAUGGAUCCAUCACCCUGGUUUUUUUGUGGAUCUACCAUGUUACCGUUAUCUUGCAGAAUUUUUUUGAUUAUUGUUAUUAUAUUUUUGCUUUUACCAGCUAGUCUAACUAAGAAAAGGAAAUUCAAUUUAUCCAAUAGAGGAAUAUUUGUAAGAUUUUCAUCUUGUAUUGUAUUCUACUCAUUGUUUAGGACUUGUAAAGGAGAUUUUGUUAGUGCGUGUGUAUAACAAUAAUAAUACUAUUCUCAUCUCAUUGUUAAUUUGUCAUACAUUAAUUUAAGUGUUUGGUUACUUGAACUUAUAAGUUUCUUUUAUUGUUUGGAUAAUUUGACUUAUAAGUUCGUGCAGUGUUUGGUACAUUAUAAUAUUAUUUUUAAAAGAAUUUGGAUUGAUAAUAGAUAAACUUGCUAAGAAACUCGCUUAAAAUGCAAUUACAUAAGAACCAACAGGGGCCAGAGACACAAUUCACAUGAUACUGUUUCUUGCUAGUGCAAUACAUUUAUCGUUUUCCAACUAAUGAAACUAAAACUAAAGCAAUUAGAAUAACAAGUUAAAGCUGGAUAAAAUAAACAGAAAGAGAGUGUGGGCAUAUUAAUGCAGAACAGCAGGUCAAAAAGGUGAGAAGCAUAAGAAAAAAAGCUACAACUUCAAGCUUCUCAAUUCUGGUUUCUAAAACCCAUAAAGAGUGGUAUGCUUUUUUUCCCAUACGGUGAUUGAGCUUCUCAACUGGACUUCUACUUAAAGAAGCCGCUAUUUCUGCCAAUGAAAGAGCCACAAUUAUUUAUGUUUCAUCUUUUAGUAAUAUAAUGCAAUGCCUAGGUGAAAUAUGGUUCUCUAAAGAACUUUGCUACAGUUCACAAAUGUUAUCAA